GGACUCUGUUGUUAUGACUGGUGCUUGGCUGCGGGACAAAACCUCCACAGAGGAGGCCUCGGCGUUUUUCUCCCCCUUCUUCUAUUCCAUCCCAUUGGUCGGUUUCAACGAGAGGAAAUGUGGCUCCAUUUUGCUGUGAACCUGUCAAACGGACUAAUUUAAUCAACGCUUGAGGGCGGCUUCUUUCAGCCUACUAGCAAAACCACGAGGUAAAAAAUAGGGGCUGAAUGUUCUUGCUGAGGACAACGGAGCCAUGAUGCGCAUCUGAAGACCUCUUGAUCACAUGGGCUCCUAUCCUGUGCUGACCGAAUGGUUUAAUCACCAGGACUAAAAAUGAGCAUAAGCAGUGAUGAAGUAAAUUUCCUGGUUUACAGAUACUUGCAAGAGUCAGGCUUCUCCCACUCAGCAUUCACCUUUGGCAUAGAGAGCCACAUCAGCCAGUCCAACAUCAAUGGAGCCCUGGUGCCCCCUGCUGCCCUCAUCUCCAUCAUCCAGAAGGGCCUGCAGUAUGUGGAGGCUGAAGUCAGCAUCAAUGAGGACGGGACCUUAUUUGACGGGCGGCCCAUUGAAUCGUUAUCCCUGAUCGACGCUGUGAUGCCAGAUGUAGUCCAAACCAGGCAGCAGGCCUACAGGGACAAGCUGGCCCAGCAGCAGCAGCAGGCGGCAGGCAGUGGCUGCAGCACAGGGCCCCAGGGAAGCACCAAGAAUGGAGAGGGUGCUGCCAACGGAGAGGAAAACGGAUCCCACGCCUUAGCCAAUCACCACUCGGAGAUGAUGGAGGUGGACAGGGACGUGGAGAUCCCCCAGAGUAAAGCCAUGGUCUUGAGAGGCCACGAAUCCGAAGUUUUUAUCUGUGCCUGGAACCCAGUGAACGACCUCCUCGCUUCUGGGUCCGGGGACUCGACAGCACGGAUCUGGAACCUGAGUGAGAACAGCACAGGCGGGUCCACCCAGCUGGUUCUGAGGCACUGCAUACGGGAAGGGGGUCAGGACGUACCCAGCAACAAAGACGUCACCUCACUAGACUGGAAUAGCGAGGGAACAUUGUUAGCAACAGGCUCAUAUGACGGCUUCGCUAGAAUAUGGACAAAAGACGGUAAUCUGGCCAGUACUUUGGGUCAACAUAAAGGUCCUAUAUUUGCACUCAAGUGGAAUAAGAAAGGAAACUUCAUCCUCAGUGCUGGUGUAGACAAGACCACAAUUAUUUGGGACGCCCACACGGGAGAGGCAAAACAACAAUUUCCUUUCCACUCGGCACCUGCUCUGGACGUAGACUGGCAAAGCAACAACACGUUUGCCUCCUGCAGCACAGACAUGUGCAUCCAUGUGUGUAAGCUGGGUCAGGACAGACCUGUCAAGACCUUCCAGGGACACACGAAUGAGGUCAACGCCAUCAAGUGGGAUCCCACUGGCAGCUUGCUGGCCUCCUGCUCAGACGACAUGACAUUGAAGAUCUGGAGUAUGAAGCAGGACACAUGUGUCCAUGACCUCCAGGCCCACAGUAAAGAAAUCUACACCAUCAAGUGGAGCCCCACAGGCCCCGGGACCAACAACCCCAGCGCCAACCUCAUGCUUGCCAGCGCAUCAUUUGACUCCACGGUGCGUCUGUGGGACGUGGAGCGCGGGGUGUGUAUCCACACACUGACCCGUCACCAGGAGCCCGUCUACAGCGUGGCCUUCAGCCCCGACGGCAGGCACCUCGCCAGCGGCUCCUUCGACAAGUGUGUCCACAUCUGGAACACUCAGACGGGUGCUUUAGUCCACAGCUACCGGGGGACAGGAGGGAUCUUCGAGGUGUGCUGGAAUGCCACAGGGGACAAAGUAGGAGCCAGUGCGUCAGAUGGAUCGGUUUGCGUAUUAGACCUGAGGAAAUGACACUCGUCAGGGGGAGCCAUGGACCGACUACGAAUGUGUACAUAGCCAAAAUGACUGACUGUCCCUGCCUGUCCGCCACACUGCUGUAGUCCCAUCAGAUGCCAUGGCCCGACAUUACAGCCAAAUGGAGCGCUCCCCUCCCUCCCUCCCCCCCUGUCAUAUGUACACACAAGGACCACACCUUCGCCACAUGCAGUUCUUCUGCACAUGCGUCAGGCAUCCAUCAGGUCUGUAUGGACACCUGUGCUGCUCUCACAGACCUGCGGGAAAAAACAGUUCUCUGUCAUCACACAGUACAAACUCGUCGGACCCAUCACACGCAAACCAAAACACCAGGACUCCUCUCGCUUUCCUCUUUUUAUCCUUUGUACCACAAUUCUAAAGAUUUUUUGUUCUCUGUUGGUGUGUGCAUAUUGCAUAUGUCAGCAUUUGGUGUCCUGUGGACAAUUGUUGUUUUGAAUUUGGAUUUUACUGAUAUCUGUGGGUUUUAUAUUCCAUGUGGGGUGGGAGAGAAGAGGGGUGGGGGGGGGGUUGAGAGUUACUUGUCUUUUACAAUGGGUGUUCGAAGAUGUUCAUUGGGAGAUCCAUUCAUCCACUUCUCGGCAGUCUUUAAGGUUCAAAAAUGCAGAUGUAUAGCUUAGUAGAUGAAAAUGGUUUAUAAUUUUGUCGACUAUUUUUAUCCAAUAGGUUUGUUCCAUUUUUGCCAUUUUUUAACAAAGUAUAAAGCAGUUAAUCAAAGGCUGAGCUGUCCUUUGUUUUUGCAACUUUUAUCCUCAGAAAUGGUUUUCAGGUGUUCUCACGAUUCAUCAGGUUAAUACAGAGCUCUAAAGAAUUCAAAGCCUCUAGGCUGAAAGGUCAUCCUUGUAGCUGUUAAACACCGCGUCGAUCUCAUGUUCUAACAGUGCGCUGGGCAGAAAAGACAUCAACGCUGAUGUGCAGUCGGCCUCAGGUUUCCGACACUGAGCUCAUCCCGGAUCUGUCUCGAGCUUACGAGCAGACGCCGGCUGCACUUUUGUGUCAGUGGUGAGGUAACGUGGCACAGGAGUAGCUUGUUUUCUGGCGCCGGUGCAGCUUCUGCGAUCUGUGGGGAGAGAGAGAGAAAGAGAUACGGGAACACAGGCCCAUAACCGCUCGCAUCAAUCCGACGUGAACAAUUAAUAGUCGUAAUUGUUGUUGUUUCCUCAAUUAAUGGCUCGUCGCUAACUAAUGCUGAAUGAUAAUCAGACUAAUUGUGUCCCCCUGCUUGGUCAUUAAUCAUCAGGACAUCAUCUGGAGUAUCACUUACCUGGCUCAAGUUCAUAUCACAGUUUGUCAUGUUGAGCUUAAAAACAUCCUGACUUUCACUCUUUAACAUGUGCAACGUUCAUGUCCAGCAAGUACACACUACAGUCCCUGCUUUAGUUUGUCAUUGCCCAGCAUUUACACACACACACACACACACACACACACACACACACACUCUGGAGACGGGCUGCGUUCAGGCCUAUGCACGGAUAGACGGCGCUUCUGUUUGUAGUGUUCAGAGUUCGGUCGUCUUGAGGCAAGUCUGUGCUUGUUGUUAAAAAGCAGACAUAUGACUUGAUGUAACAUGGUAUCUGCAUAUAAUAUAUAUAUAUAUAUAUACAUAUAUAUAUAUAUAUAUAAAAAAUAUAUAUCUGUGCUAUCACAGGGGACUCUUUUUGUAUGCCACUCGUACGCUAAGGGUGGAUUUUAAAGUUACUUUUUGAAGACGCUUGAAAUACAGUACGUGAUGUCGUUGUGCAUCACCGAGGGGUCGUGACCAUGAGGAAUGGUUUUUUAUAAAAUACCAUUAAACAGUCAUAGAGAAAUUUAAAAAAAAGAGCAGCCCUUCGAAGGGUGUUUUUUUUCCUGCACUUUAGACUAAAAAUGGAGAAACAGGGAGGUGUGUUUAUUUAAGCCAUCGUAGACACAUCUAAUUAAAAUGCUCUUAAAAAUGAAUCAGAAUUGGUGCAGAAAGUGUGCAGUGGGUAAAAUAAGGGUGAAUAGUGUCCUGUCUGCCUCCUCGGGGCACGUCAAAGUCAAACCAAGCCAACUUCAUGGCAUUCCAGGUCUCAUCUCGCAGCCAUAACUAACAGCUAACGGCUUGAUACACACACGCACACGUCGUUGGACAUUUCAGAGGUUUUGCUCAGAAUGUUACUUGUUUUAAAACAUUUUGUACUGAAGCUAAAGACUAUUUUGAAGUUUGCUUUAACGCAGUCAGCAGUGGUUGGACUGUACCACAAAGACACUAUUUCAAAUGAUGUCUAUGACAGUGGAAUGGUAUUUUAUAACGUUUUGUUUUUAGAUGAUGAAGCUUUUUACACUGCAUUCGAGUGUGUUUGCUAUCUUGUGUUCCUACCGAAAGUACUAACGUUAAUUCUAUCUUUGCUAUGUCGGAGAGCCCUCGAAAGGUUUUGUACUUCUCAAAACUUUUGUAAUUCUGAUUUAUUUGUAGCUACGUACACAAAAAUGAACAAAAAAAAAUAUGUAAAAUCUGGAUUUAAUUGUCGUUGUAUUAUAACACAGAACAUGUAAAUACCAAUUUGCAGAUUUCUUUUUGUUGUGUUGUCUUUGCCCUCACCUAUGUUGUACUCUCUUUCUCUCUCACUCACAUGGUUGCAGUCCGCAGCCUCCUGGUCUGACUGUUGUAAUAUCACUCAGAUUUCAAGGUCUAGAAUAAAAUCUAUUUUGAUAAUAAUAA